CUCCACCUCCAGGUCGUAAUCUUUUUCAAGACGAUGCAGGCGGCGCGAUGCCCAACAGAUGAGCUCUCACUGACAAACUGUGCCGUGGUCAGUGAGAAGGAUCUGCAGUCUGGACAGCAUGUGACUGUGAAGACCACGCCCAACCACAAGUUUGUGUUCACAGUGAAGACUCACCACUCUGUGGUCCCAGGCACCAUCGCUUUCAGUCUGCCACAAAGGAAAUGGGCAGGACUGUCCAUCGGACAGGAAGUGGAAGUGGCCAAUUACAACUUUGACAAGUCUAAGCAGUGCAUUGGGGCCAUGACCAUAGAGAUCGAUUUCCUACAGAAGAAGAGCACUGACUCCAGUCCAUAUGACUCUGACAAGAUGGCGAGCGAAUUUAUCCAGCAGUUCAACAACCAGGCAUUUACUGUAGGCCAGCAGCUUGUCUUCAGUUUCUGUGACAAGCUCUUUGGCCUGGUUGUGAAGGACAUUGACGCAAUGGAUCCCAGUAUUCUGAAAGGAGAGCCGGCGUCUGGCAAAAAGCAGAAGAUUGAGAUUGGUCUCUUGGUGGGUAACAGUCAAGUGAUUUUUGAAAAGGCGGAAAGCUCCUCCCUCACACUAGUGGGUAAGGCCAAGACCAAAGAGGCUCGUCAGACGAUUAUAAACCCAGACUGGAACUUUGAGCGCAUGGGCAUUGGUGGUCUGGAUAAGGAGUUCUCAGACAUUUUCCGCAGAGCAUUUGCAUCCCGUGUCUUCCCUCCUGAUAUUGUGGAGCAAAUGGGCUGUAAACACGUGAAAGGCAUUCUGCUUUUCGGCCCACCUGGCUGCGGUAAGACCCUGAUGGCCCGGCAGAUUGGGAAAAUGCUGAAUGCCCGUGAGCCCAAGGUGGUCAACGGCCCUGAAAUCCUCAACAAGUACGUGGGCGAGUCUGAGGCCAACAUCAGGAAGCUCUUCGCUGAUGCAGAGGAGGAGCAGAAGAGACUGGGUGCCAACAGUGGCCUACACAUCAUCAUCUUUGAUGAGUUGGAUGCCAUCUGUAAGCAGCGUGGCACUGGGGCCAGCAGCACAGGUGUCCACGACACCGUGGUCAACCAGCUCCUGUCCAAAAUCGACGGCGUGGAACAGCUGAACAACAUCCUCGUCAUCGGUAUGACUAACAGACCUGACCUGAUUGAUGAGGCAUUGAUGAGACCCGGUAGAUUUGAGGUGAAGAUGGAAAUUGGUUUGCCAGACGAGAAAGGCCGUGCUCAGAUCCUUAACAUCCACACGGCUAAAAUGCGCGAGUUCAACCUGCUGGCCUCAGAUGUGGACAUUAAAGAGCUGGCAGUUGAGACAAAGAACUACAGUGGAGCUGAGUUAGAGGGCCUAGUCAGAGCAGCUCAGUCCACUGCCAUGAACCGUCAUAUCAAGGCAACGAACACGGUGGAAGUGGAUAUGGAGAGAGCGGAGAAGCUUCAGGUCACCAGGGCAGAUUUCAUGGGCUCUCUGAACAAUGAUAUCAAGCCAGCUUUCGGUACCAACCAAGAGGACUACUCCAGCUACAUCAUGAACGGCAUCAUCAAAUGGGGAGACGCAGUCACCAGGGUUCUGGAUGAUGGAGAACUGCUCGUGCAGCAGACCAAGAACAGUGACCGCACACCUCUCGUUGCAGUAUUGUUGGAGGGACCUCCUCACAGUGGAAAGACGGCUUUGGCUGCCAAAAUUGCAGAGGACUCCCAGUUUCCCUUUAUCAAGAUCUGCUCACCGGACAAGAUGAUUGGCCACUCUGAGAUCUCCAAGUGUCAGGCUAUCAAGAAGGUCUUUGAUGAUGCGUAUAAGUCGCAGCUCAGCUGUGUGGUGGUUGACGACAUCGAGCGACUGCUAGACUAUGUACCAAUAGGACCACGCUUCUCCAACCUUGUCCUUCAGGCCCUACUGGUUCUGCUGAAGAAGACUCCUCCUCAUGGCCGUAAACUCUUGAUCAUUGGUACUACCAGUCGUAAGGAUGUGCUGCAGGAGAUGGAGAUGUUGGAUGCUUUCAGCACCACCAUCCAUGUACCCAACAUUUCAAGCGGAGAGCACCUGGUGGAGGCACUGGAGCUUCUAAGCAGCUUCACAGAUGCAGAGAGAGCCACCAUUGCCCAGCAGGUGAAGGGAAAGAGGGUGUGGAUCGGCAUAAAGAAACUGCUCAUGCUCAUUGAGAUGUCUCUGCAGAUGGAUCAAGAAUACAGAGUGAGCAAGUUCCUGUCUCUGCUCAGAGAUGAAGGAGCGUUGGAUGAGAACAACCACAUUCGUAUCUAA